AGCCAAGCCCAUCCAAGCCCCAAGCCGGCCAAGCUGUCAGCUUUUCCUUCCACAGCGUCGCGCUCGCGCUUGUGUGUUGUCGCUUUAUCGGGCUUCAUUUCUUUCCAGCUGCGUUUGGUAUCCAGGAUUCCUACGCACUGUUCUAUUUUUUCGCUCGUGUUGCCACCGAGCUUGUCAAAUGUCAUGCGAUUCGAAAGGUCUUCGUGAAUGCCGUUAGUAGUGGCCAACGUUGAGUAGCGGCCCGUAGCUGCUCGGAAAUCGAACGCCAGUGGUCGACCUCGGCAAGAUCAUGGCUACAUCCGUGGUGGCCAUGAAAUGGCUGGAACUGCUCGAGAAGGAGUUCGACAGGGCCUAUUUGGACCUGGACAUCUUGCUGGGUGAGCUGGACGACGAGCAGUGCGACAUCUCGUACGAGGCACGGCGCAAGAUGACUGCCCUGAGCGCCGCCUUCUCGCAGCUCUGUCACAAGGCCCACACAGUCUUCGAAACCAACGAAAAGCUGGAGAACGAGAUGUCCGAGCUGAAGACGGACCUGUACGAGGCGCAGUCGACGAGCGCUGUGCUGAAUAAGGAGCUUCAGCACCUGGUGCUGCAGCUGCAUUCAGCCCAGCUGCAGGUGUCUGCCCAGAUGGGACACGCAGGGGACUCCUCGGCCAUCAAGCAGAGGCUGGAGCAAGAGAUGAAUGUGUACCGGCUGAACCUCGGCCGCGAGAUGCAGCUGGAGGCGGAGGUGUCACAGCUGCGGAAGGAGAACGAGGCCCUGCGCAAGGACGUGGUGUCUCUGCACAGCGAGGUGUUCGGGGCCAAGCUUGCCGCAAAGUAUCUCGACAAGGAACUGGCCGGAAGGAUCCAGCAAAUCCAGCUGUUGGGGCGUGACCUGAACCCCAACGAGCAUGACCGCCUCUGGAACCAGCUCGAAUCAGAGAUCCACCUGCACCGGCACAAGGCGGUGAUCCGCGCCUGCAGGGGCCGCCCGGGGACGGGGGCUGGCGGAGGGCCGCCCCCCCAACUGAGGCAGCAGCAGCAGCAGUCGCUGCGCAGGCACCAGUGCGUGGGGGACGUGCGCACGGUCUGCCUCUCCAAGGGCAAGGACGAAGGCCUCGGCAUCUCUAUCACGGGUGGACUGGAGCAUGGUGUCCCAAUCGUCAUCUCGGAGGUGCUGCAAGACAUGCCAGCCUGGAGGAGUGGAAAACUCUUUGUUGGCGACGCCAUCUUGUCUGCCAAUGGUGUUGAUCUCAGGGAAGCCAAGCACAACGAUGCGGUCAAGGUUCUUUCCAGCCUGGAAGGAGACAUCACGCUGGAAGUGUUCUAUGUCUCCCCCGAGGACGACAGUGAUGAGGAGGCACAGGACAACAACCAGUCUCUGAGGUACCGCUUCUUCUAUCCCGAGGACACGAGUGAGAACAGCACGGCUGCCAGUGACGAGGAAAAUGGCUUCGCCAACCGGUCCCUUUCGCGAUUUGCCACAUCGCCGCAUGCCACCCCCAGCCACGAAGCCACUCCAGCGUCAGCCGCCGCCGAGCCGGCCGUUGCCAAGCCGACAACUGACGCGAGGUCCGGUCCUAAACCACCGGCUCAAAAUCAGCCGCCUGCAGAGGUCAACAAAGGUGGCAUUAACGAGAACAAGAAUGUGACCACGUGAAACAAGGCGAGCUUACACGGUGCCUACACGAGCUUUGGAUUGUGGAGUGAUGCAGGGAGCAUUAGGACGUGGUGAAGAUGUCGCACGCUUUCCUCGGGACUGCUUCCUUCAUCGACAGCCAUUCAUUCCUCUCAUUUGCUUCCCGAUAACAUUAAAAGGUGUUGGAGGCAGGGUUGUAUCUUGGGUUGUUGGCAGACCUUGGAGGCGAGUUUUCUACUUUAUGGGGGAUUGCUUCUUUCCAAUGUUAUGAGCUUGGACAUUGCUUUGUUCGAUCUGAAGAAUCUCAUUAGCUGCUCACUUUGGACCUUUAUGCUUUGCCAUGUUCCAAGGCAGCUACAACUUCUUUGCAGCUUCUGCACUUUUUGUUGUUUGGCAUUCUUCAGACUUUAGCAAAAACAAGGUGCUUCAUUGUUCGUGAAGCUUGCGUCUUUUGUACGAAAAAUUUACAUUUAACUGAUUGCUAGAAGAUGGAAUAAGUUUGCCACCAAUACGAGGAUGAUACUAAACCAGAUCCCAUCUACCCUGUAAGCUAGGUAGAGUAGACGCUCAUGAAGUUGUCUACCCCACUUCAGUCUAGUAUCUAAGGCUAUUGGAGCUGCACUCCUACAACAAAACAAUGUAGGAAAGCCCACUAGAAAAGGAUGGUCGUGGACAAUUCUUCUAUAAUCAAUACAGUUGACUCUCAUUAAUUCGAACUCUCUUAAUUCAAACUUGUGGAUAACUCAAACUAACAUGCAGGUCCCAUCCUAUGCAUCUCUAUAGGAGGAAGCUCCUGGUAAUUCAAACUUUGCUUUAUUCAAACAAACUUUCGGUCCCCCUCGAGUUCGAAUUAAUGAGAUUCGACUGGAUCAAGGUAUUAUUGAAGUAGUGGAGGUUGCAGAAGUGUGGUACAAAAUGAUACCGCUCGCAGGCCAUUCUCUGCAGUUAUUCAAGUUAAGAAAAGAGUCAGUGGGCCAGAAAAAUAUGUGGGUCUGCCCUGUCCUCUUAACGUCUGCAGAUUUGAUUGUGGUUAAAGGGAACAAGGCCAUGCAAGUGUACUAUUUACAUGUAAGAAUGUUUUUUACAUGACAUCACUAAGCACAUUCGAUUUACUUGUCCUAUUGUGCGCCGAUGCAGGGCAGUGUACUCCCAGUGCAUGUUGCAAUUUCGAGGUAGGGGCAAUCUCGCAUCAAAGGAGGCAUGGGGUACAUCUGCAGCGGUGCAAAGGGAGCAGGUAAAUCAAACGCGCAUACUGAACUUGCCUCGUGAUGAGCUUGUGCCAAGGUACACGCUGGUUAAUGCUCCUAUAACCAAAAGAUAUCCUAGGUGUUCCUACCGCUGAUGUCAGCUAGUCAUGUUUUCUAUGUGAAACGUGUGUUUAUGUUCAUAUAUUUACAGCCCACUUUGAAUAAGUAAUAGACUCUCAUGAAACUAAAUACAAAAAACAAGGGUGCCUCUUCAUCAAAGUGGAAGGCGUGGCUCCAAGAUUUUUCGACUCUGCAUUGACUAUCUAGUUUCCUUGCAUAAACAAGUGUGUGGAAGUUGAAUGUACAGAGCUUUCAACAAACUGCUGGUUGACCACAAAUAUCCUAAAUAUAGAUACCAUUAUAUUUUCAUAGUUUUUGACCGUUUUUUGUGGGUACUGUGGUAUCUUCAAAUAAAGGAAACCUUUGUUGA